AAGGGGCACAUUGCAUUUGCAAAUAGGUCAGAAAUCCAAGGGUAUGAAAGUAGUCUCUCCAGCAAUCCACCAUUUGCCCAUUAAUUAUCUAAUCUAAUCCUCUUCUUCUCACUUCCCAAGCUCUCCCCUUUCUCCACUUGCAAAAGCCACACUGUACAUUCACUCCCUCACUUCACCCACUCACUCACGCAUACAUUCCCUCCCCCCAAACCAAACUUCUCUUUCACAACAAUGCCACCGUCACCACCUCCAAAACCACCAUUCUCACUCCCUCUCCUCCUCCUCCUCCUCCUCCUCCUCUCCACCUCCACCUCCACCUCCACAAGCACAACAACCUCCACCACCAACGCCACCACCACUAUCUCCCCAACUCCCUCCCCAAUCUCCAGUCCAACCCCUCCAUCCACCACUAAACCAUCCUCUUCUAUCCACUCCGCUUUAGACCCUAAACAACUUAUAGCUCUCCAAUCUUUGGACAUUCCAACUACAAGAGACCCUUGCAUACAACCCUCUCCACACAACUCCACCGUUUGUGACUCUUCUUCCCCAUUUCGCCACCUCAUCUUUCUCCACCUCUCUAACUGUUCCUCGGAUGUUUCUUUCUCUUACACUGCCUUAAAGUCUCUCUCCACUCUCCAAUCUCUCACUUUCACUAAUUGCCCUAUUACCCCUAUUCGCUUCCCUUCAGAUCUUGCUCUUUCUCUUCACUCUUUUACUUGCAUUCACUCCCUCAAAAGACUUACUGGUGUCUGGCUCUCUCACUUUGUUAAUCUUACUGAUCUCACUGUAAGUAAUGUACCUGUCAAUGCUAGUGGUCUUUAUGUUGUUCUUGGUAAUAUGCAUAAGCUUAAGUCUGUUACUAUUUCAAAUGCUAAUGUUACUGGUUAUAUCCCAAAACAUUUGCAUCUCAAUCUUACCCAUGUUGAUUUUUCUGGUAAUAAGCUUAAAGGGAGGAUACCCAGCUCAAUCUCAAUUCUUGAAAAUCUUGAAAGUCUCGAUCUUUCAUCUAAUACUCUAACUGGUGAAAUACCUACUAAUUUUGGUGACUUGAUUUCUUUAAAAAACGUAUCUUUGGGGUCUAAUGCAUUAUCUGGUGAAAUCCCAGAUUCAAUGUCAGCAAUUCCAGGUUUGGUUCAUGUUGAUCUGAGUUCAAAUCAGUUCAAUGGGACAAUACCGAGUUUUUUUGCAGAAAUGAAGCAAUUGAAAUACCUGAAUCUUGCUAACAAUGAGUUCCAUGGUGUUUUGCCUUUCAAUCUUACAUUUUUGAAGAGAUUGGAUGUGUUCAAGAUUGGUGGGAACAGUAAUCUGUGUUAUAAUCAUACAAUCUUAUCAUCAAAAUUGAAGCUUGGGAUUGCUCCUUGUGAUAAGCAUGGAUUGCCAAUGUCACCCCCACCUGCUAAAGAUUCGUCAGCUGAUAGUGAGAGUGAUUCAUCAGAUUAUGAUGAUAGUGACGAUGAUGAUGAUGGUUCGAGCAAUAAAGGGGAGCACCAUCAUGGUCCUAAUAAGGUCGUUCUUGGUGUGGCAAUUGGACUUUCUUCUAUAGUCUUCCUCAUUGUUUUCCUUAUUCUUCUCUCUAAAAGGUGUGGCUGAUUAGAAGGUAAUUUAUAUUUCUAUUAGAGUUUAGAUUAGGAAAAUUUGGUAAUUAGAGACCAAUUCUAUUGUUUUAUUUAUUAUACACAAGUAUGGAGAGGUGUAGGUGUAGAGAAGAGAAGUGAAGUGAAAGAAAAGAAGGAAAAAGGAGAGGGUGAAAUCAUUGUUUGGGUGUGUCAUCUUUUACUACUGUUAUUUAUCAUCGUUCUUUCUUUCUUUUUUCUAUAAUUCUUUUUGCUGUUUUGAUGAAUUUGGAUGGAGAAUACAGCAGUAGUUGUUGCUAGUACUUUUUGAAUGUGGCCACUUUGUGGUGGAUUAUUAGAUGUUACACAUGAGGAAAGAGGUUUAUAUUGAUGAGGUUGUAUCAUGAAUUUUAUGUACUUGGUCUC